AUGUCUGCCACCGUUGAUGGUACGUCGCCGACUACUGACCGUACGCCAAGAGCACACGAGAAGAUGUCUGCAACCGUUGAUGGUACGUCGCCGACUACUGACCGUACGCCAAGAGCACACGAGAAAAUGAUGUCUGCCACCGUUGAUGGUACGUCGCCGACUACUGACCGUACGCCAAGAGCACACGAGAAAAUGAUGUCUGCCACCGUUGAUGGUACGUCGCCGACUACUGACCGUACGCCAAGAGCACGCGAGAAGAUGUCUGCCACCGUUGAUGGUACGUCGCCGACUACUGACCGUACGCCAAGAGCACACGAGAAGAUGUCUGCAACCGUUGAUGGUACGUCGCCGACUACUGACCGUACGCCAAGAGCACACGAGAAAAUGAUGUCUGCCACCGUUGAUGGUACGUCGCCGACUACUGACCGUACGCCAAGAGCACACGAGAAAAUGAUGUCUGCCACCGUUUAUGGUACGUCGCCGACUACUGACCGUACGCCAAGAGCACACGAGAAGACGUCUGCAACCGUUGAUGGUACGUCGCCGACUACUGACCGUACGCCAAGAGCACACGAGAAAAUGAUGUCUGCCACCGUUGAUGGUACGUCGCCGACUACUGACCGUACGCCAAGAGCACACGAGAAAAUGAUGUCUGCCACCGUUGAUGGUACGUCGCCGACUACUGACCGUACGCCAAGAGCACGCGAGAAGAUGUCUGCCACCGUUGAUGGUACGUCGCCGACUACUGACCGUACGCCAAGAGCACACGAGAACUUCAUCAGCAACGGACUUCGAACCAAAAGAUAUGACGAAUGGUCCAACAUGGGAUGGUACGUGGCCCAAAUAAUUUCUCUUCUCCACUUUGUCGACAAAAUGCCAAGACAUAUCUCCGAUUUCUCGAGCUUAGUUCUUUGGAAAUGA